AGAAGCGCAUGCGCCAGGCGCUCCCAGAAGCACCCGCACCUUCCGUGCCCUCGGCGUCCUCGGCGUCCUCGGCGUCCUCCGGCUACGCUGCGUCCUCCGCCUUUCCGCGUCUUGCUGCUGAACUGUGCAGACCGGUCUGUGGUGCUCGCGGUUUCCUCUGGAGCGCUCGCCUUGCUCAGCCUUUUCUGCAGCCUGCCAGCCGCCCACCAGCUGCCGAGGAGCCAAAGCCUCUGUGGAGCUCUCAGCCAUGGCCUCAAACGACGCUCUCUACAUCCCCACAGAAAAUUUGGAGAUCCUUACAGAUCUUGUGGAGCUGCACCAGAUCCAUGUGGAGACUGCCCCAGGGGCGAUUGUCCCCAUGGCGGGCGUCCCCUUGGACGGCGUCCCCAUGGCGGGCGUCCCCUUGGAUGGCAUCCCCUUAGACGGCAUCUCCUUGGACGGCGUCACCUUGGACGGCAUCCCGUUGGACGGCAUCCCGUUGGACGGCAUCCCGUUAGACGCCGUCCCCUUGGAGGCCGUCCCCAUGGACGCUGUCCCCUUGGAGAGCAUUCCUGUGGAGACCAUCCCUGUGGAGACCAUCCCUGUGGAGAGCAUUCCUGUGGAGAGCAUCCCUGUGGAGAGCAUUCCUGUGGAGAGCAUCCCUGUGGAGAGCAUCCCUGUGGAGAGCAUUCCUCUGGAGAGCAUCCCUGUGGAGGCGAUGGCGAUGGAAACCAUCACCGAGUACGAGAUUAUCAGCGGCAGUUGGGUCCACGGUGGCCACCACCAUCCGCCUCUGAUUGCACUGCAGCCGCUUGUUACCAACAACCCGAACCAAGGGGACCACGACCAGGAACUAAUCAUGGUGCAGACACAGGAGGAAGUGGUGGGCUACUACGAGUCAGAAAACCUGCAGGCCACCAACAAUUUCGAGGACCAGAUGGUCUUCCCGGUUGAUGAAGACGACGGCUUCCAGCAGACCCUGGCUGGCUUGUCAGCUUCCGCAUCAUCAUCAACCUACAGCCGCAGCAAAAAGCGCGGCGGCCAACACAGGAAGGCCAGCAGUAAGAAAAAUCACACCGCCAGUGAGGACCAGGCUGGAAGUAGCAGCUCCAAGAUGGACUGCAAAAAAUGGGAGCAGAAGCAGGUGCAGAUCAAAACCCUGGAGGGCGAGUUCUCCGUUACCCUGUGGUCCCCAAGCGAGAAAAGAGACCACGAGACCGGACAGAUUGAGGACUCUGCUCCUGAUUAUUCAGAGUACAUGACCGGAAAGAAGCUUCCUCCCGAAGGAAUACCUGGUAUUGAUCUCUCAGAUCCUAAACAACUGGCAGAAUUUACUAGAAUGAAGCCAAAACCCAAAGAAGCUGCUCUAAGAACAAUAGCUUGCCCUCAUAAAGGCUGUGUGAAGAUGUUCAAAGAUAAUUCUGCCAUGCGGAAACAUCUGCACACCCACGGUCCUAGAGUCCACGUAUGUGCAGAAUGUGGCAAAGCUUUUGUCGAGAGCUCGAAACUAAAACGACAUCAACUGGUGCAUACUGGAGAGAAGCCCUUUCAGUGCACAUUUGAAGGCUGCGGAAAAUGCUUUUCCCUCGACUUCAAUUUGCGUACACAUGUGCGAAUCCAUACCGGAGACAGGCCCUACAUUUGCCCCUUUGAUGCCUGCAAUAAGAAGUUCGCUCAGUCAACUAACCUGAAGUCUCAUAUCUUAACACAUGCAAAGAACAAAAACAGCCAGUAAGAAGAGAAGACCCUUCUCAAACUUGGGAAGUGUCUAAUAGGAAUGCGAUUGGAAAUAAAUACACCUCUCUUGUGUAUUGCUUCUAGGAAAUAAUUUUUUUAAUGAUACCUAUACAUCUAAGGGUCAUGUUUUGAUAAGAGUAGUAAAAAGGAAAGUAAAAAGUAAAAAAAAAAAGUAUUCAUUUAUAUAAGAUAACAUUAAGAUAUUAAAUCUUGUUCUGUAAUGCUACUUGAAAUACAUGGUGUUUUUAUAAAGUUUGGUCCCAACAGGAGGAUAAUUUAUGAAUCUCACAUCAAAAGACAGUUCUUUAUACAACUGUUCUAAAAAUGGGACUUCUUUUCACAUUUUUUUAAAAUACGAAGUUUCAUGUAUUGCUUACAAAUUUUUAAAGUUCUAUAUUUUCCAAAUGUUCAUAAUUAUACUUUUAGGAAUAUGUUUAGUAAUUCUAUGUUUUUUCUAAAGGUUGGUAAUUUUGCUUGUGAUGGAUUUUCUUUAAUUUUUUUGAUAGAUUUUCUUUAAAAGAAUGAACAGCUAUAUAUGUGCACAAAGUAUUUUCCUGCUUAUAAAGUUAUAUAGAUUUUGUUGGCUAUAUUAAUUUUGGUUGUAUUCUUUGAUGUUAACACAUUUUUUCCUAACUACCUUUUAACUGCAUUGAUUUCCAUAGUAUUGAAUAUUAGAUGUGAUUUAAUAGUAUAAGACAAUUUAAAUCUGUUUUAGUCAUUUUAUUUCCCAAAAGUACUGUCAGGUGCUGUUGUUUAGUAUAAUUUCUUUGAAUAUUCAGUUAGAGAGUGGUGCUCAGUUAUAGAAUAUAUUGUGUAUCUUGACUUUUUUCAAAAAUACUUGAUAUGUAUAUCUUGUGUAAUAGAAAAAGCAAAAAUAAAAUACUUCUUCUGAAGAAGGAAAAAGCUUGCCUAUAUAAAUAUCAUAGCUAGAAAAUAGAGACAAUGAGGAAGUUGCUACUGGCUUCUGGUGGGUAGAGGCUAGGGACGCUGCUGAACAACCUAUUUGCACAAUAUAGUUCCCCACAACAGAGAAUUAAGUGGCCUAAAAUGCCAGUAGUGCCACUGUUAAAAACAAACAACAACAACAACAACAAAAAAUCCUGCUUUAGAAAAAGUAAAAGUUAUAACAAAGAUUCCUUUGGUAUACUUAUAAAUAAAUCAUUAACGGACAAGAGAUUUUUUUUUAAAUAAAGGAACUGUGUAUGUUCUAUUGCCACUUUGCCAUCAAGGGCAAAUAUGGAAUCUAGAGGGGUAAUAUUGUGCCAGCUGCGUCCCUAACGAGACAAGAAGCUGUACAGAGUCCAGAAAGCAGUGCUGCUCUAUUACCCUUCUGACUCUGAAUGAGAAAACAAUAGAGUCUUUGCUAUGGUUGUGUGGUGGGAUUAUCCUAAUAAGGGAGAAAUGGUGAGAGUGCAAUUCUCCUCAUGGCAGUCUCCCAUGGACUGCCAUCCUGAGGAGCUGGGGGAAAAGUUGAAUUUAACACAUGGCAACAGUGGUAAAUCUAAUCAACAUUGGGGAUGGAUUAUUUUGUGAAAUUGUACUGAGACUAGCAAUUUGGGUUGGGGAGGGUUAUACUCUACCACUAAAUUAGUUUUACUAGAGUAAAUUCCAGUAGGCAAAAGAAAGUUUUUGUUUUAAAAAAAAAAAAAAAGAAAAGAAAGUUUUUGUUUUUUAAAUCAAGCUAUGGAAGCAAUAUAAGAAAACACCAGAUGAGUGCCUUCUAUAAUCUUGAACUGGAAAAGGCUUAAUGCAAAGGAACAAUUUGACCACACCAAAAUGUAAGGUGUCUGCAUAGGUAAAACCAAGCCAAAAAACAAACUGGAAAAAAAUUGUAAUACCUCUUACAAAGGACCAAAUUAAUAUAUACAUUCAAAAAUAAUAUAUGCAAAUUAGUAAAAAAAAUGUAAACAGGCAAUGGAUAGAAAUAGUUCUCAAACAACAAAUACAAAUAGUCUUUUAAUAAACAUGAAAAAUGGGACAGCCCGGGUGCUCAGCGGUUUAGCCCUGCCUUCAGCCCAGGGC